ACACACUUGCUGUCAUUAUCCUAAUGUAUUCAUCAAAUGUUCUAACAAAGGAAACUGUAGAGGAUAUAACAUCAUGUGGUACUACAGUGCUGAGAGGAACUUGUGUUCACGCUUUGUGUACACAGGCUGUGGUGGUAAUGGCAACCAGUUUUAA